GGGUACUUUAGAGAAGGACUGCGCAGCAACCCUUGAAACCUUUUUGGCUGAACCUACUACUACUUUCCCGCCAAAACGGCCUGCUCGGCGACGCAGGAUCCAGGAAGCUGGGUCUCUUAAAGCGCUCGAAUUUCCUCAACGUAUUUGAAACGUCCCAUCGAUUGGGCCACCAAGAAGAGUCAGAGACCCCGAAGCCGAGCGGAAUCUAAAUGGUCAUGAGCACCCCUCAGCUGUUGGCCAGGAAAACGAAUGGCGGUGCAACAGAUGGUCAGUCCUCCAACGAUGCGCCAAAAGCUCCCAAGGCCAAGGCGCCGCCCCAGGGCGAGAAGGUAGUCGUUAGGCGUCUACCGCCAGGGAUGACCGAGGACGAGUUUGUCACCAUCUUGGGCGAUGAAUGGAAGGUUGGAGGGCCCAAGGUCGACUGGUUCUCAUACUGGCCCGGAAAGGUGUCGCGCCAUCCCUCGAAACCCUCGCGGCCAUCGCGCGCAUACCUCCAUGUCAUCAGGAGAGACGACUUGACGGCGCUGCUGCAGAGGGUGCAAACGGCAACGUGGGAAGAUGCGAAAGAGACAUACAACGACCCAGCCCUGCUUUCUCUCCCCACCGUCGAGUUUGCCGCCUACAAGAAAAUCCCCGGCGACAAGAAGCGCGUUGAUGGGCGGCAAGGCACAAUCGACCAAGACCCGGAGUUUAUGGCAUUUCUCGAGGCUCUGGCCAACCCCGAUGCGCCAAAAGAGGUUCAGGAAGUUGAGCCACCUGCCGAGGAUCCCGCCAAGGCGGAGAAGACCAUGACAACACCCUUGGUCGAAUAUCUCAAGGAGAAGAAGGCGGCUAAGGCCAAAGAGGCGGCUGCGGCCAAGAGCGCGAAGCAUGCCCGCCAGGAUUCCCAGGGUGCUAAGGGCAAGAAUGCCGCCCCGGCACCGGAGGAGUCCAAGAAGAGGUCUCGGGAAAGCAGAAGUGAGAGAGAGAAGGCAUCGGAAAAGGCAUCAGACAAGGCAUCGGAGCGGCCAAGGGAAUCGGUCAAAAUUCUCACCAAGAAGGCCGCUGCCGCUGUGGAAGCGGCCGCCGAGGCCGCCAAAACGGUUGCGGCUCAGACAAGGUCGGCUGCUUCUUCAACAUCCAACCCACAACCUGGAGGACAAGACGCGCCACCUAAGAAUCGGAAAGCAGGCGUAGCAGCUGCUGCACUCAUUCUUCAGCGCGAUCUCGGCCUGAGCCCGAAAAAUGCGCAUCGCAAAGCCCGCCAAGAAGCGGCCAAAGAAGCAGCAAGAGAAGGGGCCAAAGAAGCUGCGAAGGCGGAAUCAGAGGCGAAAGCCACUACCAAGGAGAAUCCAAAGCCAGCCGCACCGGCCACCUCUGAAACCGCGCCUCCCGCUGCUCCCACUGAACCCCCGGCAUCGUCUACUCCCGCCAAGACCCAACAGCCCGCGUCUGGGAAGUCGCGGAAUAGGAAACGCGGGGCUGGCGAAGACAAUUCAAAGACUAAAGGAGAAGCGAAUGGCGGAAAACCUACCGACACGCCAGCCACGGCAUCAGCAAAGCCGCCCGUCACGGUAUUAAAGAAGAAAGACUCCCAGCGGAGUCAGUCCCCGCAAGCCCAGACGACGCCGGCCUCGACGGGGCAGCCGUCCAAGGCCGGCCAGUCGGCGCAAGCAACAAGCCAAACGGCUCCCUCGUCGACCAAGUCCGCAUCCCAGAAACAGAGCGGCGGUUCCAAGAAGGCGAAUGCCCCUGCCACACCCAGCCCGGGCGCGACCCGCGCGUUCGUCAAGCAUGCCAACCAUUCUCAGGGCGUCACCGAGGCCGUGCUGAGGGAUGUCAUGCAGACGUUUGGUACCGUGACCAACAUAGAGAUCGACCGCAAGAAGGGGUUUGCGUAUGUCGACUUUGGCGACCACAGCGGCCUCGCCAAGGCCAUGGCCGCCAGCCCGGUGACGGUGGCGCAAGCCACGGUGCAGGUCCUCGAACGCAAGGAGAUGGCCAAGAAGGGCUCAGGCUCAGGCUCUGGCUCGGGCUCGGGUUCGGGCUCGGGUUCGGCUCAGGGGAAGAAUGCCGCCGCCGCGGCGACCGCGUCUCCAGCAGCAACGCCGGCUCCGGGCGCGGCCAAGACCCCGGGCCCGGCGUCCGCCGAGCAGAACUCGGGCGCCCGGGCGCCGGAGAAGGCUGGCGGGUCUGCGCCGGAGAAGGCUGGCGAGCAGCAGCCGAGCAAGCGCAGUGGGAGGAGACGCGGCGGGAGGGGAAGAGGGGACAGGGAAGCCAAGGAGGCCAAGGAUUCGUCCAAGGACGGCGGCGGCGGCGUCAAGAAGGGCGGCGACGGCGGAGGAGGAGGAGGAGGAGGAGGAGGAGCUGGCUCUGCGGCGUCUGCAGCAGCUACGUGAGGGAGAGUGGUGGUGGUGGUGGUGGUGGUGGUGGUUGUCAUGCAGUCAUCGUCGGUACUAUACUGUCUAUGCAAGAUUUGAUGAGCUUCGGACGGCUCAGGGAGCCAGGUUUGGGGCCACACACGGCGUCGUCGGAACCAAAGGGUUCUGUGGUUGCUGAAGCUAGCUAGAGUAAUCGAUUCGCGCUGAUACCCUC